AUGGAGGUCUCUGCCAGUGAGUCCCAGAAUAAAAUUGAAGGUGCGGUUGGUGCCGCAAAAGCAGUGCAGGAGGAGUUGGACGUUGCUCGUGACUUGUUAGAAAAAUCCCAGAAGCAAGUUGCCGAGUUGACGGAGCAGCGGGACGCAUCAAUGCAAGAAUUAUCUGAAGUUCUUGAGAAAAAUGGAAAAAUAGCGAGAGACUUACAAAAAGCAAAAAGCAAGCUAGAGAAACAGAAAGAAAGGAGGGGAUCAGAAGCAGAAGCCCUGAAGAAGGAGUGUGAAGAGUUGCGUCAGCAGAUUGAAAGAGAGAGGGCAAAAAAUACGGAAGACUCUCGUCUGAGUGAACUUGAAGCCGAGAAGGACAUUUUGAGAAAGGCCAUCAAGGAUGCGGAAGAAAAAAUGGAGGGAUACAAAGCUGUGGAUUGCGAAAACCAAAAGCUAUUAAACAAUCAAAGCAAGAGAAUAGAAGAUCUUCUUAAAGAAAAUUCGCAGCUGGAGCAAGCACAAAAGGAAAUGACAAACAGUGCUCUGUUGACGAAAAAUGAGAUGAAAGCAGAAAUUGACGGUCUUAAUGAGGCCUUGCGCACAAAAGUGCAGGCCGAAGAAGACAACACCAGAAAAAUGGAGGAGCUUGCCGCUACGAACGUGCAGCUGGAAAAACGCCAGAAGGAUAGCGAGAAUGAAUGGGUGCGGACAAGGGACGCGUUGCAAGCGGAAAUUGAACGUCUUCAAGGGGCAUUGAGCGCGCAUGAUGACGGCGACAACAUCCGAAAAAUGGAGGAGCUUACUGCUACGAACGUGCAGCUGGAAAAACGCCAGAAGGAUAGCGAGAAUGAAUGGGUGCGGGCAAGGGAUGCGUUGCAAGCGGAAAUUGAACGUCUUCAAGGGGCAUUGAGCGCGCAUGAUGACGGCGACAACAUCCGAAAAAUGGAGGAGCUUACUGCUACGAACGUGCAGCUGGAAAAACGCCAGGAGGAAAUGGUGGCUCGCGAGAAAGAAUGGACGCAAACCAAAACUGCCAUGGAGGCAGAGAUGGAUGACCUGAAGAAAAUGGGACGCAAGACGGACACACUCGAGCCAGACAGUCGCGACGAUAAAAUCAGGGAAUUAGAAAAGAAGGUGAAGGUCGUCGAAGGCCAAUUUCAAGCUUCCAAAUCAAAGAUGCAGGUUGUUGAAUAUGAGAAAAAUGAAGUCUCCGAAAAAUUGAAAAAGAUUCAGGAAAAGCUUUCCCUUCGAGAAAGAGAGAUAGAAAAACAAGUUGCUGACCUUAAAAGGGAAUUAUCAGAGAGACCGAGUGUGGAAGAGAAGAAAGCACAGGAAGAAGAAAUCAAGCGUUUGCUUGAUAAGCUGAUGGGAGAGGAAGAAGCAAAUAAAAAAAUGUUAGAUGAACUGCGUGAAGCAAAGAAAAAUGCGGAACUGGUGGACGUUGAAAAGUUGGGUGAACAAGAGAGUGGGGAUAUGAAAGCAGCAUAUGAGGAAUUGCAGAAAGAAAACGCAAAACUCAGAAGCAGACUGGAGAUCAUCGCAGAAAAAGUGAGACAGAAGAAAGCACGACGCGAGAGCGAGGCAGGGACAGAGGAGCAAGGAGAGAAAAAGCAGAAAAAGAAAAAGCGGAGGGAAUCAAUCGAUGAACCAGGAACUUCGUCUCAUCUUUCACUUCCAUCUCUGAAGAAGUCUCCAGAUGACGAAAGUACUGAGUCUCCCCAACGGCAAAGGUCUUCUGUAGAGGAGGAACGCCUUGAUCAGUCGUCCACGGGAAUAUUCAGCGUUUUUGGGUUUGGGGGAUUCGAAGGGACGACAACCGCUGGACUAACGCAAUUGGCAACCAAGGAGGAAGAAGAAGAGAAAAAAGAAGGAAGUACAGGAAUUUUUGGUCGUUGGUUUUAA